AUGGCUACACGCCGUGAAUCCGAUGCCGAGGCUAUCCUCGAGCAGGCCUCCCACGAUGAGCAGACGCCUCUGAUCACACGCGACUCCGACUCAACGGAGCUGCCCACGGCUCCUGUCCCAUUGUCGUUCAGACGAGGCUUGACAAUUCUCCUUACCAUGGGGGCAUUGAUAUUCAUCCAGGCCAUCAACAUGUCGAUGAUGACAACGGCUCAGUCUCAGAUCGCUACCGAUCUAGAUGCCUUUGACGAUACUACUUGGUUCAAUUCGGCGUUCAUGAUCGCCGCGUCGUGUACAACGCCUAUAGCAGGGCGACUGGCUCAGAUAUUCACGCCUCGCGUCUACGUUCUCUUUUCCUGCAUUCUGUUAGCAAUUGGCCUAUUAAUCACGGCUGUAUCUCCGAGCCUAUCCGUCUUCCUUCUGGGUCGGGCUUUUAGCGGCACCGGCGCCGGUGGAUUAAUGGUCACUGGAAUUAUUCUGACUCUGGAUCUCGUACAUAAAAACCGAAGAGGCAUAUUCAUCGGUAUAGUCAAUUUCGGAAUGACCUUUGGGGUCUCUUUGGGGGCAGUUCUGGCUGGUCUAGUAGUCCCAGUACUUGGAUGGCGAAUCAUCUUCUGGGUCCAGGCUGCUGCCACUUUGGUGCUUGGGCCGACGUUGUUUUUUGCUAUCCCUUCGCAUUCACAUCACGGCCCGGGAACCACAAAAACAGCUUCUUUGCUUCAAAAGCUGAAGAACGUAGAUUAUGCCGGUGCAUUGACCUUGGCACUCUCUAUCCUCCUCUUGCUAUUUAGUCUUGCUUCCCCAAAAAUACCGAUCUUGCCCAUCGGUCUCUCUCUCGUCUUGUUUGCUGUAUUUUGGAUUAUCGAGUCCAAGUUCACCGCUGAACCCAUAGUCCCAACCGAAGUACUCAAAGCAAGAAGUGUCAUGUUCACUUGCCUGGCCGCACUGGCUGCGAUGACUGCCCGCUGGGCAGUCCUGUUCUACUCGCCCGUAUACGCAAUGGCCGUUCGGGGCUGGUCUCCAGCCUCAGCAGGGCUGAUUUUAACGCCGACCAAUGCCGGCUUCGGCGUCGGAGGCCUAUUAGUUGGUUGGCUCCAUAUUCGUCACGGAGAGGGUUACUACUGGUCAAAUAUCAUUGUAUAUCUUCUCUUUGCGUUCUCAAACCUCGUACUCGUCGGGCUUUCCACGCAAACUUCACACACUGCCGUCUACGUCACGGCUAUGUUCGUAAAUGGGUUCGCCAUCGGUGCAUCUAUGAACUAUACCUUUGCCCACAUCCUAUAUCUCACUAAAACUGAGGUACAUUAUAUUGUGACCGCCCUUGUCGGUAUGUCUCGUGGCUUCGCUGGCAGUUUUGGAUCAGCUAUGGGUGGUGGCUUUUUCCAGCGUGAACUUAAGGCGGGCUUGGAAGAUGGAUUCGCUCGACAUGGUUUAUCUGGAAAAGAGGGACUCGUCCGCAAACUUCUCGGCAGCCCUGCACUAGUGAGGUCUUUGACAGGUGUUGAGAGGGAGGUUGCCACGCAGAGUUACGAGCAUGCCAUCCAAAUGCUUCUCCUUGGUGGCUUCGUAAUCAUGGUUGUUGCGUCACUUGUUCAAGCUGGAACAGGCUGGACACCACCGCCUGAGGAGCCUGCUGCCGAGAAUGUUGAGAAUUCGCGUGGGGGGGACUAG